UUUAUUCUAGCAGUGAUGACUGUUCGAUCAUUGACAGAGCUAAUUUUCCUCCUUGUGUUCGUCACAGUGAAUACUGAAUUACCCUCUGAAUCCUACGGCAAAUGCAAGGUUCUCCCAGACCCCAUAGCUUUACAUCCCAGGUUUGGUCACAAUGUAAAAGCAGGGAAAUUGUCAUUAUCACGUGAAGGAAACAAAAUUGUUGUACGAACGAUCUGCGACAACGAACAAGGAUUCGUUCUUUUUGAUAACCGCUUUAAAGAAAUGAGGUGUUUCUAUGAUGAUUUGAGUGGAAGGUGGACCUGGGACCACUAUCACCAAGACAAAACAUCUCCUCCGACCAUCAGAUGUGCCCAUGUGUCUCCGAAGCCUCUACUUCAACGGUUCAGACUUGGUCCUGAAUUCAAUGGUUGUGCGGACCAGCACUCUAAAGAGAAGGUGCUCUCUACCUUUAAAGAGAAACUCUCCAUAUCCCUGCCCUGUGUACUAGCUGACGAGUGUAUAAUCAGUGAUCUGUCUUGUGAAGCUACGGAGACAAACACGGUGUUGUCGGUUAAAUUGACAUCCAGAUCCAUGCAACAUGUUAUGAAACAGAGGCUCAUUCUGGAGACAGCAGUCGAUUAUCUCAACUCUUACCCACUUCAUGCGAUGCUUAAUGGUCCAUCGGUAUGUUAA